UAUAUUUAAUAUAUUCAUGCACUUUUAGUGUGUGAACAUUUCCUAAAAAUACCAAUCUAGGUGAAAUCACCAACCAUACAUUUGUCUGGUAACGACAAUAGUUCUUUGAAGUGCAGUAUAAAUUAAAUUCUGCAAUAUUGGCCAUAGUUUUCAUAGUUAAUGCAAUCUAAAUAUAAUUAAAAAUUAUGUUUGCAUACUCUUUUUAUAUACAUAUUACAAUAUAUAAUCGUUUUUUUUUUCAAUAGUGCCCUUUUCUUUGAAUUAUAAACUGUUUUCAUUCCUUAUCAAAAUAUGUCAUCUUUCCCUACACCCCUUUAAUAAAUAUUUAAUUAUUGAUAUUCCACAUUUAUAUUUUGUUUGAACCCCAGUAACAUUUAACACUUGUCUAGUGUCUAAUGUUUAUAAUCCAUUUUUAAAUUCAGCUAAAAUAAUGUAUACCUAAUAUUAUAUAACAACGUUACAAUAUUGUAAUGAAUCAUGACUCUAAAAUCUAUUUGGGUUGACUACUGUGAAAACGGUUCAAUACAUGGGCUGAGGCAUGUUAUCCAGAAUGACGAGAAACCACUUAAUAGAUUUAUGUGGAUACUGUUGUUGAUUGUCGCCAGCAUAUCUAUAGUGAUUUUGGUUUCGGCGUCUUGGGAGAAAUAUUCUUACUCUUCAAUGGAAAUUGCUGUUGAUGACCCUCGUUAUCCACUCACCAAGAUUGAUUUUCCUGCAGUUACUAUUUGUCCCAUCAGCAAAAUCAUAUAUUCAAAGGCUCUCAAAUUAGUGCUUAAUAAGCAUUCCAACGAUUCUGACUUGAGAACUAAGUGGACAAAUUCUUUGAUGGCACUUGCAAGGAUGCAAUUCCCGCAUAACACGAUUCUAUAUUAUAUUCUUAAAAAUGCAUCUCUGGUCAAUAUACCCCUGGAUGAUAUAUCUGAUCUCAUGUUAAAAUUGGCACCAUCCAUAGAUGACAUAUUCAUAAAAUGCUUUUGGAGAGGCGUAACGUACAAAUGCAAAGAUAUCCUGCGGUUUCAACGUACCGAAGAAGGGUUUUGUUAUUCAUUCAACAGCCAAACUGCUGAGAGGAGUACAAGUAACGAAAGUAAUUUUAAUCCACCGUUUGUUGGGCCGGAUGGAGUACUCAUUCCACUUCGAAACAACGCCGCAGGCAAAGAGACCGGACUAAAAUUAAUCAUGAGCAACAUGAGCCACGAAUUUUUUCCCACUGACAAUCGCAGGAGAGGCUUUAACGUGAUGGUACACCCUCCUGAUGGCUUUCCGGACGUGGCGACCGCCUACAAGAUUCACGCCGUACGCGAUCGCAUCACUCUGAUAUCGGUGAGCGCGGCCCAAGUAGAAGCAGACGAAUCGCUCGACCGUCUUGACAGUCAGAACAGCCAGUGUUACUUGUACAAAGCAAAGGCGAAGAAUCUCAACUCAUUGCUUCACAAGAGCAGCAAUGAAGACACGUGUUUCAUCAAGUGUAGGAUGAGGGCCAUCUACGAGGCGUGCAACUGUACACAGUACUUUUUCAAAUUGUACAAAGGUCUCGGAAGCCAUUGUGGAAUUGAACACAUACCUUGUUUGAUUGCGAACGAUAUACUUCAACGCAACCCCAAAAUCACGGAAGAUGAACCAGGGUUUCCCGAAUGGAGCAUACCAUUUUCCAUGAAUUGCAGUUGCAGACCGCCUUGUUCGUUUAUUACGUAUACAACCGAGCUCCGGUAUGAAAUUAGACAGUUAAUUCAUAAAGAACCGUCGUCUUCGAGAUACGAUGUACUCCUGGAAGUCAAUUACAGAGAACUGUAUGCUACAAGCUAUCGUCGGUCCAUGAGGUAUACCACUCAAGAUUUGUUGGUGUCGUUUGGUGGAGUAGCCAGUCUGUUUCUGGGUUGCAGCCUAGUCAGUAUAGUGGAAAUCCUUUACGUGAUCUACAAGUCAGUCUUGGUGCUUGCCAAAAAACUCUACAACAACUACAAGUUAAACAAUAACCCAGCUUGACGAGAUGCAACUGUUCCAUAUAAGCGAUCUUAA